GUUGAGGAACGAAAAGGCUGCGCCCCCCCACCCAAGUCCAUCACUUUUGCCUCCUGACGCCCGACUCUCGCCUGCUUCGGGACGUCCUGCACAUUGUCCACCUGUCUGCCGUCUCUCUCGAACACACGCUCGCUCGCUCGCUCGCUCUGUGGAUCGGUGCUGAGGAGCUGCAGCCAAGGCGUGUCCAGCUAUGAAGGCCCUUGUCCUGCUGUGCCUGCUCUCAAGCGGGAUUCUCCCCUCUGAUGCUCAAAUCAACGAGACAAUCUUGGCUCGGAUUGGCAGUACGAUCAGGAACAGGUAUAAUAUAAAUGGACAGUUUGCAUAUGUUCUCCGAGUUCCUGACACCCAGUGCACUAAUGGACCCGACCAGAACUUCCUGCAGGGAGACCCAAACAUCGAUGUCCAGAACGCCCUCAAUCAACAGCAAGUCUACCAAGGAAACAAUAUCAUUAUUGCACAACCCUCGAAAAUGCAGAAUUACGCCAUACACGCCGAGUACCGCCUCCUCACUCCACCGCAGAGCGGUGCCGAGGCCCCUAUCGACAUCCUUCUUCGUCAAGGUGGUCCAAACGAGUGCAUGAUCUUCUUCACAAGGAUCUCGCCGUGCCUCGACAGAUGUGCAGGUCAAGGACCCUAUUCCAUCCUCAAUCGCCUGGGGGCAAUAGCAGGCUGGGGGGGCAGGAAGGUGUUUUAUUUUGUGGAAGUGUAUAGCGUAGACCAGAGCAGGAGGAAGGAUGUACUGGAGGCUUUGAAGACUAUCAACAGAAGGGGAAACGUUCCCAUUUUCCGUUGCCGUGGUAACGCCUGUUUCAACUGCCUGGCCGACGAAGCAAGGUGUGUGGCAUGAAGGUAACCAAAUGGGCCUCACACCUCUUGCUUAUCGCUGUCCUCCUGCACUCCUUCUGCAUCUGUCCAAACUCUGUCCAUUUCCCUUCUUUGACUUGCAAAUAAAAACUGGU